CUUCUUUCCUCCUCUCCCCACCAUCCAAUCCCAACUUUUUGCUUUUAAGCCGAUUGAAGUUGUUCACGAUGCUUGCCGCCAGAAACUUCUCUGCUGCUCGCCAGUGCUUGCGCUCCGUCCGCAUCACUCCCAGCUUCGUGGCCCCCGUGUCGCAGAUCCGCGGUUACGCUGCCUCCGCUGAUGACGCCGUUGCCAAGUUCAAGGGUCAGAAGGGUUCUGAUGGCAAGUACACUGUUACCCUGAUUGAGGGUGACGGUAUUGGUCCUGAGAUUUCUCAGUCCGUGAAGGAUAUCUUCGAGGCUGCCAAGGCCCCCAUUAAGUGGGAGCCCGUUGAUGUCGGUCCCAUCCUGAAGGACGGCAAGACUGCCAUCCCCGACGAUGCCAUCCGCAGCGUUGAGAAGAACUACGUUGCGCUUAAGGGUCCUCUCGCCACCCCCGUUGGUAAGGGUCACGUCUCCCUGAACCUGACUCUCCGCCGUACCUUCAACCUCUUCGCCAACGUCCGUCCCUGCCGCUCCAUUGCCGGUUUCAAGACCCCCUACGAUGGUGUCGACACUGUCCUCAUCCGUGAGAACACCGAGGGUGAAUACUCCGGUAUUGAGCACGUUGUUGUUGAUGGUGUUGUCCAGAGCAUCAAGCUCAUCACCAAGGAGGCCUCCGAGCGUGUCCUGCGUUUCGCCUUCCAGUACGCCGAGUCCAUCAACAAGAAGAAGGUCCGCGUUGUGCACAAGGCCACCAUCAUGAAGAUGUCCGACGGUCUUUUCCUCAACACUGCCCGUGACAUCUCCAAGGACUUCCCUGACGUCGAGUUCGACGCUGAGCUGCUGGACAACUCGUGCCUGAAGAUCGUCACCGACCCUACCCCCUACAACGACAAGGUCCUUGUCAUGCCCAACCUGUACGGUGACAUUCUGUCCGACAUGUGUGCCGGUCUCAUCGGUGGUCUUGGUCUCACCCCUCCGGCUGUCCACGGUUCCGCUCCCGAUAUUGCUGGCAAGGGUCUUGCCAACCCCACUGCUCUGCUUCUGAGCUCUAUUAUGAUGCUGCAGCACAUGGGUCUCCACGACCACGCUGCUCGCAUCCAGAAGGCCACCUUCGACACCCUGGCUGAGGGCAAGUACCUCACUGGUGACCUUGGUGGUUCCGCCAAGACCCACGAGUACGCUGGUGCCAUUAUCAGCCGUCUGUAAACUCGUCGCCACUCGCAUUUCUGUACUAUGACCAUUUGCCUUUUUCUAUGUGCCCCUCGAACGACAUUAGACUUCCUAUAGCGAUCGAAAUAUACCUACUUGAGUAGUUACGAGCUUAUUUGCCGCGAAUGUACCGGGGAGUGC